AUGCGCGACUUUGUUGCAUCUGCCGCACUUCAAGAAGAGGGGGGCCCCUGGGGGCCCCCCUUGGGGGCCCCCCAGGGGGCCCCCCAAGGAAGCCAUAUAGUGUUUAAUAAAGACACCUCAGGGGGGCCCCCUUCACUGUACCCUGAGGAUGACUCUGUUGAGGGGUUUGCAGGGGCCCCCUGGGGGCCCCUAGAAACUAACAGUGCUUGGGUAGUAUUAAAGGUGUCUCCAGCGCCGCUGCUGAUGCUGCUGUUGCUGCUGCUGCUGCUGCUGCUGGUUGGAUCUUGGAGGGUUCGAAAGAGGAGAAACGAUGCCGCAGUGCAGCUGCGCGAGGAGCAGCAGCAGCAGAAGCAACUCCAGCAGCAGCAGCAGCAGCAGCACAAGACGGGGCUCCCUUAUUCUUUUAGAGGGGCCCCCUGUGGGUCCCCCCUUGUGCUGCAGCGUGGUUUUCGAAGCAGCAAGCACGGUACGGCGUGCCUGUGCUUGCAAGCAUUUGCUCCCUUUAUACCUACUUGUUUUCUGUUGAGGGCCCCUCUUGAGUCUUGUAGGUAUCUCCAGCUCUCAGAUUGGCGUCUCUUAGAAGAAGGAGACAGAGAUGAGGAGGGGCCCCCCGGGGGGCCCCCCCGGAGAGUUAAGGGUACAGCAGCAGCCUUAAAUAGAGCUAUCUACAGGCUGCAGACCUCAAUCUAUCUCUUCUGUCUCCGCGUGUUCUUCCAGCGGAGGGGCCCCCAGGAGACACUUUCUCCUUCUUUGGUGCGGGUGCAGCAAGAAGGGGGGCCCCCUGGGGGCCCCAAAGGGGGGCCCCACUUUCGUUAUGCGAUUAGUCAUCAUAGGCGGUUUACUUUCGAUGAAGAGACAAAGUUAUUCGUUUGUACACAUAGCGAGAUGCCCGAGGAGAAGUGCAGCAUUAAUAUCUUUUUAAACAUACUUCAGGAGGGGGGCCUCAAGGAGACAGUUGCUGCAGAGUUGCUGCAGCGCUGCGGGCCUAACGAAGUGCCUGUGGAGCGUGGAGGUCUCCUUCACUCGCUUAAAGGGGCGGCACUGAGUCGCGUGAAUCUGCUGCAGGUGUUUCUGCUGCUGAAUUCUCUCUACUGGAGAAGCUAUAUAUCUUGUUCUUUGUGGUUGCUGCUGGGGUUGUGGGCUGUGCUGCACCAAGGCCUUCUUGCUGCUCGCAGCAGGCAGCAGCUGCAUGCAGUGCUGCAGCAAGUUGAUACAGCUCAGGUGGCCCUCCUUCGCUCGAAUAAAGUCUCCUAUCUCCCGGCUCACAGACUCGUACCAGGCGACGUGGUGCUGCUGCACGAAGGGACAGUAUGUCCUGCUGACUUGCUGCUGCUGCGGGGCUCAGCAGUGGUGGAUCAGGCAGACUUCACUGGGGAGGCGGCGCCGGUAGAGAAGCUGCCACUUGAAGCUCUACCCUCGCAGCAGCAGCAGCAGCAGCAGCAGCAGAAGCAGCAGCAGCAGCAGCAGAUGGAUACGGAGACAGAUUCGGAGACAGAGACAGAAACCAUUACGUCUACGGGGAGGAGACAAACUGCUGCUGCCAGGCUGGCGGCCCUUUACGCUAACAGCUUUGUACACGCAGGCAGCAAAGUUGUGUGCGUGACGGGGCCGAGCGUGCCUUUCAUCUCGUCAGCCUCAGCUGAGGUGCCGGUAGCAGCAGCAGCAGCAGGAGCAACAGCAGCAACAGCAGCAGGAGGAAGCGAAGGAGAUGAUGCUUCUUUGUCAGCUUGUAGGGGGCUUGAGGGUGCAUGCGCUGCUGCAGUAGUGCUGCGAACGGGGGCUUCAACAUCUCGGGGGCAGCAGCUGCAGCGUUUGCUGUCUCCUUCUUCUGUAGGGCUUAACUACGAUUUACAUUUACCUUCUGUCUCCUUGAUUCUGCUGCUCUACGCUCUCUUUGUUGUGGCUGUCAUUGCCUGCAACUCACCAAACGCAACAGGAACAGCAGGUAAGACGCAGCAGCAACAGCAGCAGCAAAAGCAGCAACAGCAGCAGCAACAGCAGCAACACGAGCAGCAGCAACUGUUUCCCUCGCCUCAAGCAGCAGCAGCAAAAAGGUUGCUGCAGCGCGGGGGGCUGCUGGCAGCAGCACCGCAGCGCGUUGCUGCAUGCGGCAAAGUCCGCAUCGUUUGCUUCGAUAAGACAGGCACUCUCACCCAGCACACCCUCAAGGCACUCGGUAAGCAGCAGCAGCAGCAGCAGCAGCAGAAGAUGCAGCAGCAGCAGGUGCAGGAGCAGCAGAAGUAG